AUGCCGAACAUUUAUAAAAAACACAAGGCCUUGGACAUCCCCGUGGACACCGAUGAAACCUGGGACGCAGAUGACGAGGACUCUUCUUCUGCCGCUUACGACUCUAGCUCGGAUACCGCUUGCGAUCCCUUUGACUUUGUACCGCUAUCGAUUGCACUCGGAUCGCAACAGGAAACCCGCCGCUUAUUUAGUUUCACAGUCCGCCGUGAUGAAUAUAGGUCUCUAAGCGCGCCCGGUAAGUCUGAUGGCUGGAUUGACGCCUCUCACUUCCUCUGGACCAUGUGCGCUACACUCGCAGAUGCAGGUACUGACCUCGAAUGGGCCGCAGCAUUCGAGAAAUGGCGACCCCAGUGGAGGAAAGUCCAGACGCAAGUGAAGACAUUCGGAUAUACUCAGUUUUCUUCUGAGAUCCCUCCUGCGCCGGUUGAUCUUGCUUUGAUCCAGUUCUCUGGGUCCUCAUCUGACAAGAAGGGCAGAGAGUUUGAGAUCGAGCAAGAGGGCCCAAAUAGUGUCUCAAGUUCUCAGGAUAUCUGGACCCUUUGGCGAUAUAUUAUUGAGACGCCUGCGGAUCAGAUCAAAGAGUUCCAUGUUACCCUUAGAGAUACUACGAGGGUUGUGGGCUCUCAGUAG